CCGUAGCAGCAGCAGCAAGAAGCAGCACACACCAGAAGGCAGCAGACUCAGCAGCAGCAGCAGCUGAAGGAGCAGCAGCAGCAGCAGCAGCAACAGCGGCAGCAGCAGCAGUGGCAGCAGCAGCAGCGGCAGCAGCAGCAACAGCAACAGCAGCAGCAGCAGCAGCAGAAGGAGCAGCAGCAGCAGCAGUAUCUACAGCCAUCCCCAUCCUCCCCUCCUCUUUGAGCCGCCGCGGCUUGCAGUCACACAGCCGCGACAUGGCGGGCGCCCACGUGGCGGCCGCACCAACCCUCAGGGAGGGGGUGGAGGUGGCGGUUGUGGGGGCAGCGGAGCCGGCGGCGGUGGUGGCGGGGUCGAGGGUGGCAGCAGUGGUGGUGGUGGAGGCAGUGGUGGCUCAUCUGGUAGCCGUGGUGGCCGCCCUGGCACUCUCCCCCCAUGUGACAUUUACGACCCAGCUGUCCCUGACUCCCCUGCUCACUCUGCCUCAUCGCACCAGCACCAGCAGCAGCAGCAGCAGCAGCAGCAGCAGCAGCAGCAGCAGCAGCAGAAGGAGCAGCAGCAGCAGCAGCGGAUGGAGCAGCAGCAGCAGCAGCAGCAGCAGCAGCAGCAGCAGCAGCAGCAGCAGCAGCAGCAACAGCAGCAGGAGGUGCAGCAGCAGCAGCAGCAGCAGCAGCAGCAGCAGCAGGAGGUGCAGCAGCGGAUGGAGCAGCAGCAGCAACCGCAGGCAGUGCAGCAACAGCAGCCGUAGCAGGAGGUGCAGCAGCAGCACCAGCAGCAGCCACAGCAGCAGCAGCAGCAGCAGCAGCAGCAGCAGCAGCAGCAGCCACUGCAGCAACCUCAUCGGCAUCGCCGCACCACCUCUCCCUGAUCCUGCUGAAGAAACCUCCAAGGAUGACAGAGGAAUGGGAAAUGAGGAGAGGAAUGCUGGACAGUUCUACCAUGUGUGUGACAAAGAUGACAGUGGCACGGCUGUUGCAAGGGCUGGAGAGGAAUUGCACCCGCUUGACAAAGAUGCAGAGUACAACAGCCAGAUGGAGAAUCACACGUGGGACCUGGUGUACUUGCCAAAUGGGAAGAAGGCAAUACAGUGCAAGUGGCUGGCAAAAAUCAAGACGGAUGAGAAAGGAGGGCCAUCAGAUGACAGAGGAAUGGGAAAUGAGGAGAGGAAUGCUGGACAGUUCUACCAUGUGUGUGACAAAGAUGACAGUGGCACGGCUGUUGCAAGGGCUGGAGAGGAAUUGCACCCGCUUGACAACCAGAUGGAGAAUCACACAUGGGACCUGGUGUACUUGCCAAAUGGGAAGAAGGCAAUACAGUGCAAGUGGCUGGCAAAAAUCAAGACGGAUGAGAAAGGAGAGCCAUCAGUUUACAAGAGCAGGCUGGUGGCAAAGGGGUUUCAACAGAAAGAGAAGGAAGAUUACAAAGAAGUGUUUGCCCCAACUGCUAAGUCUCCAACGCUACGUGUGCUGCUGGCGGUAGCUGCUGUGCGCAAAUGGAAGGAAGAACAGACAGUGGUCACACCUUUGCCUUCCGAGUUCAAACUCAUAAAGGCAGCUGAAGGAGAAGGAGUUGAGUGUGAAGACCAGAGGCAAUUCCAAUCCAUGGUCGGGAGCCUACUCUACGCUGCUCAACAGCCAGCCGACUUCCUUACCAAGCGGCUAGCUGAAGAGCCACACUGGCGCUGUGCGAGGAUGGCGGGAAUGUCCUUGAACUAGAGACGACGAAACAAGCCGAC